AAUUAAAUUCCAGUUUUUUGAAAGAAUCAAUCACAAGGGCUGCAGUUCAAUGCAAUUAAUUUCGAUUAAAUAACAAAGGAACCUUAAUAAAGGAAAUUAUAUGCAAUGAUUUUGUGUAUCUUUUAUAGCAAUCAUGUUCAAUAGAGAAGAAAUUUUUUGAAUAUGGAAUUGACAGGGUAAUUGAAUUUAUUCAUAAUUUCCAUUUGUGUGUUUUUCAUCUGAAAUGAUUAUAGUAAGUUCUUAUUUAUUGACUGUGAUUGCGAUAUUAUAGAAGAUUGGAGGAGAGUAUGGGUUCAUUCAUAUUAUCUAAAAUCAUAAGGAACAUGGAUUCUAAAUAGACUUCAUUUUUUAAGAAAGUGAAUAAUUUUCAAUCUCUGGGUAGUUGAGACAUUAGAUGAGUAAGCCAGAAAAGAAAGAGAUAAUAGCAAAUAAACUUAGAGAAAUAGCAUUAACAUAGGGUAUCUAUAUGACAACCAAUCCUAGAUAAAGGAUGGACAAAAUGGAAAUAUUAAUCAGCGAUAAGGGAGACCUGAUACACAUUGAUUUUGAAUUCCUCUUUGAUAUUAGUCCAGGGGGGAAUCUUAAUAUUGAGUCUGCUACUUUCAAAUUGACCAAAGAGAUGAGUCAAAUUAUGGGUAAAGAGGUAUCCAAUAGAUAUGAUCAUAUUAGGCGUUUAAUUAUUAAGUGGAUCUAAUAGUGAGAGCGAUCUUAGCAAUGCGACACUACUAUGAGCAUUUCUAUUUUUUGAUAACUUUGAUGACGAAUUCUUGUCUGGGAUACUUCAUGAAGAAUUUGAUGAAGAAUUUCAUAGAGAGAUUUCAUGUAUAAGUAAAUUUACAUAAUUUUAGCUAAAGAAAAUGAUCUGGCUUGCUGCGAAGCAUAUGUAGAGUAUUAUUGAGGAUGGGAAUGAUAAAAUAACUACGAGGUGGUAUGAUAACAUUUAGUACUAUUAAAAUGGAAUAUCAAAAUAAUAUUAAAUAAUACGUAUGGAAUAUCUAGAUGAUAUUAAAUAAUACAUAGUGUAAAUAUAAUUUAUAUUAUUUUAAAACGGAUCUAUGAUCACAGGAAAUUUGUUUGAACUUGUAUGGGGAAGUGUUGAGUUGGCCCUGAAUAUUCUAUUGUACUCCAGAUUGAAAUUGCCACAAAAAGUGAUGUCUCACGGUCUAUUACGUAUGUCACUCGUUCGUGAAUGCAAUUACAAUUUUGGGGUUGAUACUAAGGUACAUUAGGAUGUACAUUAGUUCUUAGAUUGUCAGAUAUGUAGUUGCCUCCUUACUCACUCCGAAUAUUGUUACACACUUUCGUAAAUCUAAUAAUUCUUAUCACUUCAUAUAUGGUUGCUUCAUAUGCUUUGAUGCCUUGAUUGUUGCCGAUAUCCUUCCCAUGACAGAUACGAUAUAUGCUAUGAUCCUCAUUUUACGUUUGUUUCAUCUUUUAGAAACCAUACUCAAAUUUAUCAAAGCCGCCCUGUCAAUAAAGAUUCAUGUGAAAAAGGCAGUAAAAGUUUAAUACAAUUUGUUGAAUUAACUCAAUACAACAAAUUCAAAUAUUAUAAUUUCUAAGAAAUUAGAAGUAUCUCCUCCAAAUUCUUCACAAACUACGAAUGCGAGUUCACUCAAUGAAUUUGAGAGUACCCAAAAGAGUAAAAGAAGACCUCAAUUUCCUAAUGUCUAUUAGAUCAAAGUACAGACAUCAAAAACAACGAAAAUCAAUAUAUUAAUUGAUGAACCUGAUAAAUUUGAUCUACUAUUUGAUUAAUAAUUAAACAUGGAUAGAAGGAUGAAUCUUUAAAUCAAGCUGAAUUUAUGUGCUCAAGUUUAUUAGAAUUUGAAAAAACAUUAUCCCUGUGAAUGGCUGCUUAGUCAGAUUGCUCAAUAUCAAGCCGAGUUAUUACUAUUAGAUUAAUGA